AUGCUACAAACGUUUUUGAAGAUACUGAAUAUGAUUACGAGACCGAUACUGCUUAUCCGACUGAGUAUGAUGAGGACACUGAUUACUUCUUCGGUAUUGAAACCACCUACACUGGAGAAUAUGGAGAUAUCAGUGACGACUAUUAUUAUACAGAACCGGCUGAGUACACUGAAUACUACAGUGAAUAUUAUGAGAGCUCAUAUUACUAUGAAGAUGAAACUACUAGUGAUUAUGAGGAAUCAUAUCUGGCUUAUGCUACUGGGAAUGUUUAUAUUCAAAAUGGUACUAAUUCAAGUAUUGCAAAUUCUACCUCAUCAACCCCUAGAAAUGAAUCGAUCUCAAAAGAAUCACAAACCAUAG